UGACGAGUAUUGUGCAACCCCCCUCUGAAUAAGAAAAUGGAAAAUCGAAGUAUUGAGCACAAACGGACUCUUCAUGCGCUGCUAAUUCUUGCGAGACAUCAAAGCAAGCCGGACGGGCGAGGAUGGUUAUGGAAUAUGUCGCACUGAGGCACAGCAAGGAAUAUUAGACUACGUUUGCAGCCUAGAGUACACCAAAACAAACCCCGAAACAUGCCACCAUUUCAAGUGGAGAUGAUGUGACGUUUUGCAAAGGAGGCAGUUGUAGAUUAUACAUAAAUGAGAAUAGCAUUGUUGUGGAUCUUCAUAACUGUAACACAAGGGAUUCUAAUAAUGGUGAACGUUUUGAGGGAGAUGUUCAACUGGAAAGUGGAUCCCUCUCAUCAAAACAGAAAAUUUUUCCACUGGCUGUCGAUGACUACUUCAUGGCUGUGGCACUACUAUCUCAAAGACUUAGCCUAUCAGGUUUAUAUGGAGGGUGCAUUGUCAAUAUAAAAGCACCUAGCCCUAACCCUAUUUGCCAGAGAGUUUUGGCCGGGGACAAGAAUUCCCCAGGCCCCUUAUCCCAAGCCCCACUUUUUGCAUUAAAAUCAUGGUUUUUAGCUGUUAGCUAUCUCUACUCGUCCAGGACCAAAUUGGAGCGUGUAUUGUGUCCAGUGAAACGCUUCGUGUUUUAAGCAUUGGUUAUGAAACAGACACAAAAUAUGCUGAGCUGCAUGCCCUACAAAAUGCCAGAAGAACUGAUGCUGCUGAUCUUACUAAGUGCCACCUUUACACCACAGGCCGUCCCCGUGUUGAUUGCACCAAAGCUCUAAUUCAGGCGGGUAUCAGAGUUGUGGUAUAUAGAGGUAGCCCUGAACAUGAGGAUGGGGAAGGUCUUGAGCAAGAAGUUAAAGAUGAAAUACACAAAGCCAAAGCCUGUUUCAAACAAUACAAGUGCUACAUCCGGAUCGCUAAAACUGAAAAGAAGUUUCUGAUUGAUAUGAGUACUUGUGAUGUAAGAGCCAAAAAAUUAACACCACCUGAUGAAAAGUCGAUUUUGGAGGGAACACAACAGCAACCUGAGCAGGCCAGACUUCAGGGACCAAAAAGACCUUGUUAUAAGGAUUUCUUCAUGGCAAUGGCCUUUUUGUCACAUGCAAGGGCAAAGGACAGCAAAUACCAGGUUGGAGCCUGCCUAGUAACCCCAGCUCCGCAUCGUCUGGUUGCCAUGGGAUACAAUGGAAUGUUUUUUGAUUGGUCGUGGUUGUCCCGGUGCACCCCCAUGGCCUGUGCCCCGCGCCGUCCCCCAAUCUCGUCCGCCCACCACUUCAUGCCGACCAGCCCUUGCUCCUUGCCCCGUUCCACACCCUUUGUUUUCAGUUUGGUCCUUGUCCGCGUGCCUGCAUACUGCGGAUUCGCCGAGACGCUGCUCUGUCCGCUGCCCUUUCUGUUGACCCCCCCUCCUUGUUGCUGCCUGCCUUCAGCUGGUGGUCACUCUGGGAUC